AAAUUAGUUAAAUUAGCAUUGUUUUGAUAACUUAAAUGAGUUUUAGUUAUAUAAAUUUAAAAAAUAUAUGUUUGUACUCUGUGAACUGCACGCGCCAUAGAUGAAUGUUGCCAUGAUGGGCCCAUUUUAGAUUUUAAAUAACUUCUUGUAUUUUGUAGUCUGUAAUCUGUAUCAUAAUGGCUACCUAAUAACUUAACCUUGACCUAUUUUGUAAACUGUGUGUAUAGUUUUAUGAAGUUUAUAUUUGUAAAGAAUCCAAAUCGUCAUAACUGAUAACAAGCUUUUAAUAUAUUCUGAUUGUCGUAAGGAGUAAGUUUAUGUAUUUUUAUACAAUAAUGGCGCGCAAAUCAAAUAUUUUCUACGUUUUAUAAACUUUACAAUGUUUGUAAAUCAGACAAACAAAAUUUCGUUAAUGGUGCUGAAUAGUGAAUACCCAUGUAGCGUGCAUUAUUUUACAAAUAUAUUAUAAAAAUAAGUACACAACUGUAUAUAAUUUCUAUUUUUGGGGGUAGGCGUUAAGUGAUCAAAUUUAUAAAGUAAUACUUUUAACUAACAAAAAUAUUUUUUUUAUAAAAACGCCAUCUGUUGUAAAGGCAAGAAAAUUGAGUAAUGAUUAAUAUUUCUGGUCAGUCAAAAGAAAAUGUGUUCUGCCAUGGUCGCUGUUGCCUUUAAUAUUAAAAGUAACUAUAAAAUAUAAGCCCAUUCAUUUUCAUUUUUGAUUCAAGCUUAAGUCAAUUUAUACAAUUCAGUAGUAGAUAGCCAUAUAACCAAACAUAGGUACUAGGUAUUUUCAGCUGCUAUAAAAUAUUUUAAACGUUUGUUAUGGAACGAUCAAAGACUAAAAAAGGGAAUUUAAUGGACUACGUAUCUCUAAUCUUUGUCAAUUAUUAUUUUGAGUUGCUUAAUAAUUAUAAAUGUAAUUUCAUUGAAAUUAUAUAAUUUCGAAGAAAAUGACAAUUUUUUUAACAAUAUCCAUUAUUUUUGUUAUUAAGCUUUAUUAAAGUACAUACUUAAUGCAAAUUGCAGAUCUUACAGCCUACAUUUCCCCAUAGCGGGGCAUUGUCGCUUCGUUAAAAAAUCGAUAGCAUUAGUACAAACGAAUUAUACAUUCAGUUUGUGUGCGUGGCUUCUUUGGUGUGCGGAAACAAAAAAGCACAAGAGUGAAAUUCUUGUAAUAAAAAUCAAUCGGAGUGGAGUAAGGCGCCCCACAGGCGCCGGCCGGGCGCGGGGCCUCUCCCCGCUGCAUACCUAUACUAUAUACGUCAUAGAGUACCAAUUGUUCUACCCUCGAAAGUAAUUUGUAAGAAAUCGUUUCUUCUUUUGUAUGUUAAUUGAAUUGAUAUAGAUUAAUUCUGUUUUGAUUAGAUGUAUAUAAUUUGGCUAUAAGCUUCAUUCAUAUGAGGUAUAUAAUUCCCUAUAAUGAUAUAAAAUUUAAUUUUCAGAUUGAUUUUAAUAGUGAUCUGCAAAAUUGGACAGCUUCAUACUAUCUAUCAGGCUGAAUUAAAAGUUUGAUAAACAAUGUACAACGUAGGUAAGUAAAUAUAGAAAUGAAAAUAUCUCGAAGCCGAUUGCGCGAGGAGCGGAAGCUCGCUCCAGCCGGCAAAAAGGAAGGCGAUUGUUUUUAUUUCUUUGGCGCGGGAAAAAACUGAGCCCGCCCUGCACCUCCUAAACAUGCGCCACGCAGCGACGCAGACGAUCGGCUGUGUGAAUUCACUUUCAUUUGCGACAUCCCAUCGUUUCCCGAAGGUCACCGUGCAUUUGUUUCAACCCCACGUGUGACACGGCCGCCUUUCCCGCCGACCGUUGACCGACUAGGUGAGUUAACAGAUUGUUCGCUCGUCUCCGCUUUCUUCGCGUUUAUCGGUUCCUCUUUACGUCGUCCUUCGCUAAGAAGUUUGUUAUUUCGCGGCCGGACGGCGUGUGUUCCUCGCGACUGAAGGGAGACUUGUGGAGGCUCAAUCCGCAACUGCCGUGAACACUACACAUCCCUCGACAGGUGACACGCGAACGUCUACCGCGCCGGUCUAUCUAUUUACCACCACUAAAAGUUUUAAACUUUAUUAUGUUUUAUUCGGAAUGCCUGUACGUGUACAUCGUUUGCAAAAUAAAAUUAAAAAAGCUCCCGGCGGGUUCAGACCGGGAAACGAAAGAGAGGGAAUCAAGUUUGCACUCUUCAUUUGUGCACGAAUCGAGAAAAAAUUCAAUAAAGCUCGCUUCCUUUUGUCUAAUUGCCUAUGGGAACCUACUUAUAUUAUGCCGAUUGUUCGAUUCGCGCGACUUCGAGGAGAAAUAUUUUGUUUGAUACGAAUGGGCGAAAGGGAUGGUUUGGGAGUUGAGUCUUGUUAUUUCGUUCAUUUGAAAUGCCCGGUUACGGCCCGCCUCGAGUAAAGUGCGAGCCGCCUUCAGACGAAGAAGACAACUGCCAGUACGGAAACUAUUACGAAGCACAAAAGCCAUUAAACACAGAAUAUGACGGAGAUGUGUCGGCUGAAAUUCUGGAUCAAUUACAGUUCUCAUCAGAACUGGUGGCGGUCCCGGCGGCACCGACUGCGACUCCCGUAUGCGCCGCAUUACCCGCCCCGAGGGAGGCUUCGCUCGCUCUGCUGGAGCCUGUCAAGACCCACCUGAUGCAGGGUUCGGAGCUGAUGGAAAAACACAUCUCACUAUCGAGUGCGACAGACAUAAUUGACACUUCUGACUUUGCACCUCUUCUUAAUAUUAAGGAUGAACCACUUUCGGAGGGGGAAGGUCAGCAGCUGAGCGGCGAUGAAGCGAGUGAGGGUUCCACUCCGGAGACGAGCGGACGAGGAGCAGCCAAGAGCUGGUCUCCGCUGGACAUGGAGAAAGCCCUCGACGCGCUCAAGAACCAUCAUAUGAGUCUUACCAAGGCCUCCUCAACCUACGGCAUACCUUCCACCACGCUGUGGCAAAGGGCCCAUCGCAUGGGCAUCGACACUCCCAAGAAGGAGGGCUCUUCCAAGUCCUGGACCGACGAAGACCUCAAGGCGGCCCUGCACGCGCUCAGGACUGGAGCCAUCUCCGCCAACAAGGCCAGCAAGGCAUACGGUAUACCCAGCAGCACCCUGUACAAGAUAGCCCGUCGCGAGGGAAUCCGCUUGGCGGCACCCUUCAACGCCGCGCCCACGUCUUGGCGAAGAGCCGAUCUGCAAAGGGCUCUCGACGCCAUCCGUUGUGGCGCUGCCUCCGUGCAGCGGGCCGCUUCUCACUACGGAAUACCGACCGGCACUUUGUACGGGCGGUGUAAGCGAGAGGGCAUCGAGUUGUCCCGCUCUAACCCCACACCGUGGUCUGAGGACGCCAUGGGGGAAGCUCUCGAAGCUGUCAGAGUCGGUCAGAUGUCGAUAAACCAAGCGGCCAUCCAUUUCAACCUUCCCUACUCUUCGUUGUACGGUCGUUUCAAGAGAUGCAAGUAUCAGGUGACACAGGAACACCGAGAGUAUAAAUCCCAAGAGAACCGGCCGGAGGAUCUUCGAGAGCAGAGUCACCCUCAGGAGUACUCGCCGAGCUUCGGAUCGGAUUCGUACUUGAGCGAAGUGACAUCUAUGCAGAACGUGCAACAGCACUACAGCCAAGCGAUGUACUACACUCAGUGCAACGUCACCAGCUGAGAAUAUUCUCCCCCGAAUUAUGGGGAACAAUGAUGUCGUGCUUCAUGACCAUUUUUAAUCUUCUUUGGUAAAAAAAAAACCGUAUGUGUACUCGUGUACACGCGGUAGAAGUUAUACUUCUUUGGCGUGAGAUAAAAAUCUUUUCAAAAAUUGUAGAUAAAACGACACUAACAAUAGAAAAAAGGUAUUUAAUGCAUUGAAAGUUUUAUUAUAACGCAUUAUCUUAUAGUUUAUUUCCGUAUUACAAAAAAUUAUUUCUACAUAAUUAAAGAAAUGGAAAUUUUUUAUUUUAGCAUGAAACUUAUACAUAUUGAUAAGUACUAUUUAAUUCACGUCCAUCGGUUGGAGUUCUGUAAACAUGUGAGUUGCGAGAGGCUAAAGAAUGAUACAAACAUUCUUGUAGAAACGUCUAAAUAUCGUACAAAUACAGCAUCAAUAGUUGUAUAAAGAAUGUUGACUAUAGCUAACUUCAGGGUGUCAGGGUGAUUUUGUGACGGUGACAUCGUAAAAAUUUCCUCUCAUCGUUUUUCCCGCGCUUUUUUUUAACGCGCCAAAAGAAGUAUAAGUAUUUAUUAAGUAAUCCGAAAGAAGUUCAUCAAUUAUGUAACAGUGGUUAGUGAAUUAGAUAAUAGAUUAGAGUAAUCGUAAGUUAUUUUAGCCGUGGUUAACGUUGAGGAAUAAGGGAACCUCGAUUCAGUGAAACAACUAAACGUCGACUUCGUGACUUUGUUUUUACCUUUUAUACAACUGCCAAGUUACAAUAGAAAUAAUCCGUGCCAUUUUAGAGUAAAAGUUAUCGGUGACAAGUUUUCUGUUACUUUGUUAUUUUUUAUAUGUAGAUUGCUAAUAUUAAAAAAGGAAUUUGAAUUAAGCUUUAUAUACUAAGGUAAAGGUAGGUCAGAUGUUGACCACAUUUUUUUCCAUUAUCGAAAUACGUAAUUUGUUGUAAUGUGAUACGUAGUUGUAGCAAAUUCGUGCAUUUAAGUAGGUUUAUAAAAUGUAAACGCCAUUUACGAGAUUAAUUUUAUCGUAGAUGUGUUGCGUACAGGAGUUGAAUGUAAUUGCUAAAGUACCAUAACAGACGGCGCCACUAUUUAUUUUUUAGUGGUUAUUAACAAUUAUUGUUUUUUUUAAUAUCAGGACACGGCUUUGUAGUUUUUAGCUGUUGCUCUUUUGGAGACAAGAAUUUGAUCUUAUGUAUUAUUUUAUUGAGAGCCAUGUUUAUAUAAUGUAGUCUACGAUAAAUUACAAGUUAACUUAAGAUUUGCUAAUUAUUAUAAUUAUCUUAAUUAAAUAUUUUUAGAUUUUUUUAAA